AUGGAGACCUGGUUCGUCUUAAUCGUCUCCCUCUGCGUCGCCGCUCUCAUCAGAGCCCUACUGCUCUACCGGAAAGACGGCAAAAAGCUACCACCAGGGCCCUCGUUCCUCUCCUCCAUCUUCAUAGUUCUAACCACUCCCUUAUCAGAGCUCGAACCCAUCCUCAGAAAUCUCAAGUCCAAGCAUGGGCCACUCAUCACUCUUUUCAUCGGUCCUCCUCCUUCGAUCAUCGUCAGCAGCCAUUCUGUCGCCCACCAGAUCCUCAUCCAGAAAGGCGCCAUCUUCUCCGACCGCCCUAGUACCAUUCCCGUGCGCAACAUCUCCUCCGCCUCCUACGGCCCUACUUGGAGGGUCCUCCGUCGCAAUCUUGUCUCCGAGAUCCUACACCCCUCCCGGGUGACGUCAUACUCUUGGUCUCGCAAGUGGGUCCUUCAUAAUUUGAUCGGUCGCCUUCAAGAUCAAAAGGACGCUGCCGGAAUCAAGGUGGUUGAUCAUUUUCUUUACGCCAUGUUCUGCCUGUUGGUAUUGAUGUGCUUUGGAGAGAAGCUUGGCGAACACCAAGUCAACGAAAUCGCCGGCGUACAGCGUCGGUUGCUGUUGUUAGCGGGCUCCGGGCGUUUAAACGUACUCAAUUAUUAUCCAAAGUUGGGGAAGAUACUGUUUAGAAACAGAUGGAAAGAGCUCUGGAAAUUGCGUAAUGAUCAAGAACAAGUGUUGAUUCCGCUUAUUAAAUCUCGAAUCCAAGCAGCUAAUUCUGAACCACAAUCAGUAGGAGACGAGAAAGUUGUUGCGUAUAUUGACACGCUGAUGAAUCUACAGCUUCCCGAGGAAGAAGCUAACAAAGAAAAUGGCGGAAAGCUGACCCAGAAAGAGAUGGUGAGUCUGUGUAGCGAGUUUCUUAACGCCGGCACAGACACCACCGCUACUGCUCUACAAUGGAUCAUGGCGAAUCUUGUGAAGUAUCCUGAAAUUCAAAGCAAGCUUUACGAUGAAAUCAUUUCAGUCGCCGGACCACCACCUCCACCGCCGCCACCAGGGGUGGAAGUAGAACCAGAAGCCCGUAUAAGUGAAGAGGACUUAAAGAAGAUGCCAUACUUGAAAGCGGUGGUUUUGGAAGCGCUGAGGAGACACCCACCAGGGCAUUUCGUGGCUGCUCAUAGGGCCACAAAAGAGGUAGAAGUACAAGGGUUUAUGAUUCCAGAAGGUGCACACGUAAAUUUCAUGGUGGCUGAGAUGGGUUUGGAUCCAAAGGUGUGGGAAGAUCCCAUGGAGUUCAAACCAGAGAGGUUCAUCAAUGGUGAUUUCGAUAUAACUGGAAGCAAAGGGAUAAAGAUGAUGCCAUUUGGUGCAGGAAGAAGGAUAUGUCCAGGGUUUGAUUUGGCUCUGCUUCAUUUGGAAUAUUUUGUUGUCAAUUUGAUUUGGUAUUUCCAUUGGAGUCCUCGUGAUGGUUAUCAUGUUGCUCUCUCUGAGAAGUUGGAGUUCACAGUCGUCAUGAAGAACCCCCUGAGAUCGCAUAUCUCUUCAAGAACCCAAAAACGAACCACUUGA